UACGUCUCUAGUCAAUGAUUGAUCAGCUCUCCUAUGAUUCAUUAAAACAUCCAUUAUUUAAAACGUUAAAACGUUUGCUCUGAAGCUGGCUGUCGCCGUGCGAGGAGCGCUAAAGUAGGCUGAUGUGUGCCAGGGGUCUGUCUCAUACGGCCGCUCUGAGUAACUUUAAAGACUUAUAUGAAUCCGUGAAGUGUGAAGAGACGACAUUAUGUCAACAUCCAUGGGAAUAAGUGAUUAACCGAGAGCUUCUGACGUUUUCAGGAUACAAAGGCUGUCGUGGAGGUAAGGGUUCCCAGUCCUGUGUGGGAUGUUAACGGACUGGUGGCGCGUUGAGGCUGAAGGAGCAUGGUGAAACACCAACCCUUGCAGGUCUAUGAGAAGCAGGUCUUUGUGUCCUUCGUCACUGGGAUCUAUGGUUGCCGCUGGAAACGCUACCAGCGUUCCCAAGACGACAGCUCCAGGUGGGAGUGUACAUGGUUCAUCAUCUUGUGCAGCUCUUUCUUUCUGCUUCUCUUUUGGGCAUACUUCUGGUUGGUAGCUCAAAAUGAUUUCAACGAGUUCAACUGGUCAGUAUACAACCGCUCUGGAGAAUGGAGGGAUGAGACGAUCCCCAUCCUCGCAUCCACCACCGUGGGAUUCAGCUACAUCACAUUCUUAAUGAUUUUAGCACUUUUCCAUAUAUCCUUGGGCCAGCAGCUGAACCUCUACUGGGUUCACAAGAUUGGAGUGUUGGCUACGCUGCUUACCACUAUCUCUGGUAUCGUCUCUGUUGAUGACAUAUGGGGAGAUGAGUGGGACAUCCUGCUCGUAUCACUGCAGUCUACAGCACCUUUCCUGCACAUUGGUGCUCUGGCAACAGUCACAGCUAUCAGCUGGUUGGUAGCUGGAUAUGUGGUCCGCAGAAAGAGAUCCAAUUUCCAGGUGAUGGUGUUGGUGAGCUACAUCUUCAUCCUCCUGGCUCUCUAUUUGGUUCCGCUCACAUUCAACUGCCCCUGCAUCAUGGACCGCCACGGCCUCAAACCACGACCAGACGUCAUUGGCCGACGGGGAGCUCCUAUGCUGGCUCCAGAAAACACCAUGGUGUCCUUCAACAGAGCCCUGCAGCAUGGAGCCAGCUCCCUGGAGGCAGACGUCACUAUCAGUGUGGACGGGGUUCCCUUCCUUAUGCGAGACCGCACUGUGAGACGAACAACAGAUGUUAGUAAGGUCUUCCCAGCCAGACAGUAUGAUGAUGCCUCUUUCUUCAACUGGACAGAGAUUCGCUCUCUGAAUGCAGGCCAGUGGUUUUUAGAGAGUGACCCCUACUGGACAGUGGAGACUCUGACAGCGAGGGACCGGAGCAGAAUAGGCAACCAGACGGUUUGCAGUCUGGUGGAAAUGCUGCGCCUGGUGGCCAGGGCCAACAGCUCUGCGCUGCUCAACAUCCGCAAGCCUCCACCAGAGCACCCGCGCUACCGGAACUGGUUCAUGGACACGCUGUGGGCUGUGCAGAAAGCAGGGAUUUCCCAGAAGAGGGUGAGGACUGUGACGUGGACCCCCGACACGGACAGGGGGAGGGUGCGAGGGCUUCAGCAGACCGCGAAUGAGAAGCUGUCAGUGAAAGAGAUGAGGCAGAGGGGAAUAACGAGCCUGACCCUCCACUACAGCAAGGCCAGCCACGAAGACAUACAGGAUUAUCUGGCCAAUAAUGUGAGUGUGACUGUCUACCCAGUGAAUGAGCCCUGGCUCUACUCCAUUCUGUGGUGUAGCGGGGUGCCUUCUGUGUCCUCUGAUGCCCCCCAAGUCCUCCGAAAGGUGCCUUACCCCAUCUGGCUCAUGAGCCAGAAUGCUUACGACUUCAUCUGGAUCACUUCAGAUCUGGUCUCCCUCGCCGUAGUCAUAGGGAUUUUCUGUUUUCAGAACUAUCAUAUGAUCAGGUGGAAGAUGAGCGGGAUGCAGAACUAUAACCCAGAACAGAUCAUGCUGAGCGCUGUGGCGCGUCGGUCCAGUCGGGACGUCAACAUCAUGAAGGAGAAGCUCAUAUUCUCAGAACUUAACAAUGGGCUCAGCAGUACAGAGGAGCUUUCUCUGUAUCCUGAGAACGGUUACGCGAGAUACUCUCAUGGAGGCCUCAGUCGCUGAACACUGCCACAGCUGAUAGUUUGAUUUCUGAGCUUUACUGACCGAAGGAUAUUUUCUUGUCGGAAGAAAAAGGAGCACGCCAGAGAAACUGACCUAUUAGUCAACUUACCCUGGAGGUGAUGACAGCAUGGAUACCAAAUCUUGUCUAAAGUAUGGACACAGAAAGUUUCUUCUAUUUGGCCGAUUGAUUGAAAACAUUAUGCUCUUGCUUAUGUGCAAGUUAUGUGUAAUAUAUGUAUGUAUGUAAUAUAAUUUGUUGUAGUUUUUCCGUAAUACCACAUAAGAAGUUGCUUUCAAUGUUAUAAAUUUGAGCGCGAAAAUUAACAUGGAGGUCUUCACUGGGAGCACAUCUGUUGUGUGUCUGUGUUGUCAUCACUUAAGGGGUUAACUAACCAAUGGGCAAAUGUUUCAAAAGCAGGUGGUCAGAUGGUAUUUCCACCUGAACCGAAUGCACUGACCAGGUGAAACUGGAGCGUGUGUUUCUCUGUUAUCAAAACAUUUGAAUCAUAAUUUUAAAAUAACUUCAAAUCACAUUUUAAUGUAGAAACGUCUUGGUUUCAUCUUCUUGGAACCAAAAAAAUGACUGCUGCUCAUUCAACAUUAUUACUAAAUACAUCUGGUGAUGUGUGUGGUGAUUGGGCCGAAAAGCCUUCUGACUACCAUGAGAAAAAAAUCUCUCUUAAGUCUGUUUGCUCGAGUGACCUUCUCAGACGUUGUAUUUGAGCUAAUAAAGGCAGUAAUGUUGUAUUUUUCCAUGUCAUUUACUUCACUGUUGUUUUAUAACACAGGAAAUGGGCUGUGUAGUGUCCAUAAACUGAUGUAAAUAUGAGUUGUUUCACAUGUUUUUAUUUUCUUCCCUCUGAGAGGAUUUCAGUGGUUUGGACAUAUCAACUGUAUAUUAUGUUUGCAUUUAUUUUAAGUGUGAAAGACAGAUUCGGGCACAUGUGAAAACUUCUUUUCUUGCAGUUUCGUGGGAUGAGGGGGUUUGUGGGAGUUCUGAGAGUAUAUCGUGGAUGUUCUAAUCUUUUUUUUCUGCCUCUUUUCUGUCAUGCCAUGAUUGAUUAACUUUAUAGUAAUAUUAGCUAUUACAACUUUCACAUGGCUGCCUUUUUGUUAAAUUAAUGGACUAGGAUAUUUUUUGUCUUUUAGUUUAAUAAUAGGGGUACAAAUUUCAAGUUACAACUAUACUUUUAGCUGCAGACAUGUCAACUGUUCAAUAAAAGUGAUCUUUUCUCUUUGAAAA